GCCCUGAGAAAGAACCGCUCGGCCACCACUAUGGCUACCACCACCGAUUCCUCCACACUUGCUCUCAGUGUGAACAACGAUGUGGGCGGCACUGGGGAGAAGGGCUUUCGAGAUAAUUCUCGACCAGUUUCACCACACCUGGAUUCUGAGAAGCGGCCCGUCACCCCAACCACGGACGCCGAAAAGGCUGUGAACCCGGAUGCCGGGUCGGAGGGGGGAAGUGAAGGGAGCGAGGAUGAGACUCAAUAUCCGGGUCCUGUUGCACUGACCCUGAUUACGACUGCUUUAUCCUUGGCUGUUUUCUUGGUUGCUUUGGUGGGUCUCAUGAUACAACAAGCACCCCACCGCUCGUCCUUGUAUUCCCGUCUUGUCCGAGCGUGGUGAGAGCUAACUUUUGCUUUUGAUACAGGAUCAAACCAUUAUUGCCACCGCUAUCCCUAAAAUUACGGAUCAGUUUGGAGCUUUGAAUGAUGUCGGUUGGUACGGGUCUUCAUACAUGUUGACGGUUGGUUGUUCCUUGGCCUUUGCCCCAAUCGUGAGAUAUUGUUCAGCUAAUGGGACUGUCAGGUCUGUUCCUUCCAAUUGGUUUACGGGAAGAUUUAUACAUUCUUCAGCUUGAAAUGGGUAUUUUUGGCUGCCAUUGGGAUAUUUGAACUCGGAUCUUUGAUUUGUGGUGUUGCGCCUGAUUCGAAGGCUCUCAUUGUCGGGCGUGCAAUUGCUGGUUUGGGAUGUGCGGGUAUUUUCUCUGGUGCUUUGAUCAUCCUUGCGCACUCGGUACCACUGCGGAAACGACCCAUGUUCACCGGUUUUAUUGGAGCCAUGUAUGGUAUCGCAAGUGUUGCUGGACCAUUGAUGGGGGGAGCUGUAAGUUAUGGCCCUUGGAGUUUUGGGGGGAAGCUUCACUGACGAUCAUUCGUUUAGUUUACCGAUCACGCUACAUGGAGGUGGUGUUUCUACAUCAAUCUUCCCAUCGGAGGCUUUACAGUUGCUGUCGUGGGUUUCUGGGAUGACAUUUGUGGUUUGGGUUUUCACUGACAAACCUAUAGAUGAUUCUUUACUUCACCCCCCCAAAGCGCGCUAAAGCCGACAAAUUGACCCUUACUGAGAAGCUCAAGGAGAUUGAUUUUGUUGGGUAAGAUGCCCAUGGUGAAUAAUUGUUUUCGAGUGCGAUACUGAUUUUGCUUUGCAGAACUUCUCUCCUCCUUCCUGGUGUUGUUUCCCUACUGUUGGCUCUGCAAUGGGGUGGCACUACUUACAAGUGGGGAUCCGCACGUAUUAUUGGUCUCUUGGUCACCGCCUUUGUUCUCUUGGUUGGGUUCGUGGUUACUCAGUUCUGGCGCCAAGAGAAGGCCACUAUUCCUCCUCGUAUCCUCAAGCAGCGUAGUAUUGCAUUCUCUUCCAUGCUAGCCUUCUCCAUUGGAUCCGCGUUCCUGUUGCUCGUCUUCUAUAUUCCCAUCUGGCUCCAGGCCAUCAAGAGCGUCUCAGCUACAAAGUCCGGAAUCAUGAAUCUCCCUUUGAUCUUGGGGGUUGUUGUCCUCUCCAUUCUCGCCGGGAUCCUCAUCACCCUCUGUGGCUAUUACACACCUUUUAUGAUCGCCGGCGCCGCCAUUUGCGCAAUUGGCGCGGGCCUCCUUACAACCUUUGAAGUCGACACUGGCCAUGCUAAAUGGAUCGGUUAUCAGUUCAUUUGUGGAGCGGGUAUUGGUCUUUGCAUGCAACAACCCAUGAUUGCAGCUCAAACCGUUCUCAAGAUAGAAGAUGUGCCAACUGGAACCGCCGUCAUUGUCUUCUUCCAAACCCUUGGAGGUGCUCUCUUCAUCUCGGUCGGCCAGAACGUCUUUAGUAACAAACUUGUUGCGGGACUCUCCGAGAGUCUCCCCAACAUCGACCCGGUUGCGAUUCUCAACACUGGCGCUACCAGUCUCAAGUCUACCUUCCCGGCAGACAUGCAGCCCGCCAUCCUCAAAGCCUACAACCAUGCUCUCAUCGAAUGCUUUUAUCCCGCCGUCGCAAUGUCUGUCGUUGGAGUGAUUGCCAGUUUCGGCGUCGAGUGGGCAUCCGUCAAGGGAAAGAAGGUUGAAGCGGUAGCUGGAGCAUAAAUGCAUUUCUUUUUUUCAUUCGCAUGAAAAUUUCUCUUGCAUUUUUUAGACACGGUUAUUAUGGAUUGAUCAUGGAUUGGGAAUGGCGUUCUUGCUUGUCUUUCUGUUAAAUUUGUUUAUUUUUACCAACCUAUCUUGCUAACCUAAUGUUUGUUUCUUUUUCCGGCGAGUCUUUUUUUGUGAAAAUGUCACCGAGAUGGCCUUCAUUGUGAACAUCCGAAAAACGAAUGCAGGGAGUGGUUCAUAACUUGUAAUUCUUUCCAUUUUACAUCUUUUUUUUGCGAUUUUACUCUAGCCUACUCAGAUACCUCUCUACUCUUCAUGUCAUACUUUACCAGUUGAGUUUAAUGUAUGUACAACACCCGAGUACUUCAUAGAAUAAUUGAAUGGAGAAUUAAAA